CUUCUUCUCGUCCUUUUUUAACUUUGAAGCUUUCUCUCUCUCUAUUCAACCAUCUAUCUUUUCAGUAAAAAAUAACACAUUUUUUUUGUUCAAAAUCUUCACUUUUGAUUGAUUUGAAAAACUGGGUAAUGGCUUGUUCAUUGAAGUGUGGUUCAUAUUUUUCUGGGUUCACAAGUUCCAAGGCUUCAACAUCAAAAAAGUUUCCUCCUUUAAGUUUUGAUUUUUUGGGGAAACCACUAGCUGUCCCAGAUCAGAAGAUAGGCUCAAGAAACUGCAGCACCAAAAGGGAAAACAAAUUCUCUGUUCAAGCUGAAACAGCAUGUGUGAGUCGAAGUAUGAGAUGGUGGGAAAAGAAUCUUAAACCCAACAUGGUGAAGAUCCACUCUGCCGAAGAACUUGUUUGUUCUUUACAAAAUGCUGGUGAUCGAUUGGUCAUUAUCGUCUUCUAUUCACCCGGUUGUGGUGGCUGCAAAGCCCUCCAUCCUAAGAUCUGUCAACUGGCCGAACAAAAUCCGAACUCGAUUUUCUUCGAAGUUAACUACGAGGAACUGAAGAACAUGUGCCACUGUCUCAAUAUUCAUGUCUUGCCGUUCUUUAGGUUCUAUAGAGGUGCCGAAGGCCGACUAUGCAGCUUCAGCUGCACUAUUGCUACCAUCAAAAAAUUGAAAAAUGCAUUGGCAAAGCAUGGAUAUAAUCGAUGCAGCCUCGGCCCUGCGAAAGGUUUGGAUGAGUCUGAGCUAAUGAAAUUAGCCUCAGCCGGCGAAUUAUCACUAAGCAGUUUACAAUUACCUUCCUUGAAGGAAGAAGCAAUGCAGGAUUUGGUGAUGAUGAGAAGCAUGGAACUGUCUGGUUUGUUUGACAAAGCCGAUAACAAUCGGACAAAGGUCGAAAAAGAAUGUGCUCUGCUAUAGGUUUCGAGUUCGACACUUACACCCGAGUCCGAGUAAUAUUGUUAUUGGAAGUGGAUAGGGCCAUUUUUUUAUGUUGGAAGUUGUUUUUGUACAUAUUUGUCAUUAGCUGGGUUUUCCAUAAGCAGGCUCAUGGUUUUUUGUUUCAGUUGAACUGCAAAUGCUAUUGAUUUCUUGGAACGACAAUGAAUUAUUAUCAAGGAAUUGCUA